AUGGUUGAAGAAAAUCACACCCUGAAAAAUGAGUUCAUCCUCACAGCAUUUACAGAUCACCCAGAUCUGAAGGCCCUUCUGUUCGUGACAUUCUCGGUCAUCUAUCUGAUCACCAUGGUGGGGAAUAUUGGUCUGGUGAUACUGAUUUCAAAGGAACGGUCUCUUCACACACCCAUGUACAUCUUUCUGGGUAACCUGGCUCUUGUGGAUUCCUGCUGUGCCUGUGCUAUUACUCCUAAAAUGUUGGUGAACUUCUUUUCUGAGGAUAGAGUCAUUUCCCUGUAUGAAUGCAUGGCACAGUUUUAUUUCCUUUGCACUGUUGAAACCGCAGACUGCUUUCUUCUGGCAGCCAUGGCCUAUGACCGUUAUGUGGCCAUAUGCCACCCACUGCAGUACCACACUGUGAUGUCCAAGAGACUCUGUCUUCAGAUGAUCACAGGAGCGUACAUAGCAGGAAACCUGCAUUCCAUGAUUCAUGUAGGGCUUCUAUGUCGGUUAGCUUUCUGUGGGUCUAAUCACAUCAGCCACUUCUAUUGUGACAUUCUUCCCUUGUACAGACUCUCCUGUGUUGACCCCUAUGUCAAUAUACUUGUGAUGUUUUUCUUUGCAGGCUCAAUUCAAGUCUUCACAAUAGGUAGUGUCUUAAUAUCUUAUCUUUACAUUGUUAUUACAAUCUUAAAAAUGAAAUCUAAACAGGGAAUGAUCAAAGCCUUUUCUACCUGUGCAUCUCACUUUUUAUCUGUUUCUUUAUUCUAUGGUUCUCUUUUCAUGUACAUUAGACCAAAUUUACUAGAAGAAGGAGAUAAAGAUAUACCAGCUGGUAUUUUGUUUACAGUAGUUGUUCCCUUACUAAAUCCUUUCAUUUACAGCUUAAGAAAUAAAGAAGUCAAAAGUGUCUUGCAAAAAACUCUGAGGAACAAAACUAUCUCAAGGGUAGGAGAGAUGGCUUAG